UUUGACUACGAAAAAUUAAGUGAACUUCUAAAUAAAUAAUCUAGACUAAAAAAAUGUAUCGAGUGCAGAAUAUUUUAAAAUAUGGGAUUUUCAAACCAAAGUAUAUACCUAAACGAAGCUACGCUAAAGAAGUGAGGUUUGGUCCCGAUGUUAGAUCACUUAUGUUACAGGGUGUUGAUAUACUGGCUGAUGCCGUAGCUGUAACCAUGGGCCCAAAAGGGCGCAACGUUAUAUUAGAACAAACUUAUGGUCCACCGAAAAUAACCAAGGACGGAGUCACAGUAGCAAAAGGGAUAGAGUUAAAGGAUCGAUUCCAAAACAUUGGAGCUAAGUUGGUGCAAAAUGUUGCAAACAAAACUAAUGAAGAAGCUGGAGAUGGAACAACGACUGCUACAAUAUUAGCAAGGGCUAUUGCGAAGGAAGGUUUCGAGACAAUCUCCAGAGGAGCAAAUCCUAUUGAGAUUAGAAAAGGUGUGAUGGUAGCUGUAGAAGCUGUAAUGCAAAAAUUAAAAGAAAUGUCUAAGCCCGUCAAGACGUCUGAAGAAAUAGAGCAGGUUGCAACAAUAUCUGCAAAUGGUGAUCGAUCCAUUGGAAAACUAAUAGCUAAUGCUAUGAAAAAGGUUGGUAAAGAUGGUGUAAUUACUGUUAAAGAUGGGAAAACUCUAAAUGACGAAAUGGAAAUAAUAGAAGGGAUGAAAUUUGAUCGUGGCUAUGUGUCGCCAUAUUUUAUAAACUCUACCAAAGGGCCUAGAGUUGAAUACAAUGAUGCUUUAGUUUUAUUUUCCCAGAAAAAAAUUUUCACAGCGACACAAUUAGUUCCAGCUCUAGAAAUAGCAAAUUCUCAAAAAAAGCCCUUAGUAAUUAUUGCAGAAGACUUCGAUGGGGAGCCUCUAUCCGUUUUAAUAGUCAACAAACUUAAAAUUGGCCUGCCAGUAGUUGCAGUUAAAGCUCCUGGAUUUGGAGACUAUAGAAAAAAUUGUCUCAUGGAUAUGGCUAUCGCUACAGGUGGUUGUGUAUUUGAGGAUGAUCCUAACUUAAUUAGGUUAGAAGAUUGUCGUAUAGAAAGUCUUGGAAAAGUUGGCGAGGUGGUCAUUACAAAAGAUUCGACUCUUUUAUUAAAAGGUCACGGCAAUAAAGAUGAUAUUAAACAGCGGAUUGAAGAAAUUAAGGAAGACCUAUCAACUACAACUGGUGAUUACGAUAAGCUGAGGCUUAUAGAACGAAUGGCUCGAUUACAGUCUGGAGUAGCUGUUUUACUCAUUGGAGGGUGUAGUGAAGUAGAAGUUAACGAGAAGAAGGAUCGCGUGAAUGACGCUCUGAAUGCCACAAGGGCAGCUGUUGAAGAAGGAAUUGUACCUGGUGGAGGAGCAGCUCUGCUUCGUUGUAUUCCUGUUCUGGAUAAAAUAAAAGCUGCAAAUGCUGAUCAGGCAACUGGAAUAUCUAUCGUUAAGAAAGCUUUACGCACACCUUGUUUGACUAUUGCUAGCAAUGCAGGAUUCGAUGGUGCUGUAGUCGUGUCUAAGGUGGAAGACAUGGCUGAUAACUUUGGUUAUGAUGCAAUAAAUAAUGAAUACGUGAAUAUGAUUGAAAAGGGAAUUAUUGACCCGACGAAGGUGGUAAGAAGAGCUUUAACUGAUGCAAGUGGCGUAGCUUCACUACUAACAACUGCUGAAGCAGUUAUUUGUGAUUUACCUAAAACAAAAGAAUCUGGCCCAGAUCUAUCAGCUAUUGGAGAAUAAUAACAGAUUUUGGUGAUGAUGACAUGCAUUUUUUGUUGAUAUAAUUUAUUAUUGUAA